AUGUCAUCUCCAACCCCACACAUUGGGAUAGUCGGAGCUGGUGUAUCUGGCCUAAGAUGUGCUGAAAUUCUACUCAAUCACGGAUUCCAAGUCACAAUCCUGGAAGCGAGAGACAGAAUAGGAGGGAGGAUCUGCCAGAGUGACAAGCUAGGCUAUCGUGCUGAUAUUGGACCGAAUUGGAUACAUCAAGUAUGCCGUCAUCCCAUCGUUGAUCUAGCAAGGGAAACGAAUACUCCGCUCCAUCCAUGGAACGACAAGCAGAAUAUCUACGAUUCUUCUGGCAAGCUUCUUCCAGAUGAUAAAUCCGACAGGCUUUCAUCUUUGCUCUGGCAAUUCAUAGAAGAGGCUUUUACGUACAGCGCUACUCACCAGAAUGAGAUUUCCGAGUCAGAUAGUUUGUAUGACUUUGUGAAAUCGAAAGCAGAAGAACAUAUCAAAGAGCAGGAAGAUGUAGAAUUGUUGCUUCAGAUGUCUCAGAUGUGGGGUGCGUAUGUGGGGGAUCAGGUGUCGAGGCAGAGUUUGAGGUUUGCUUGGAUGGAGGAAUGUUGUGGUGGUGGAGAGAUGUUUGUUGAGUCAACAUGGGAGGCUAUUUUGGGAGAGAUCGCGGGGAUACCACUCGAGAAAGCGAAAGUUUGUCUUGGCGAGAAAGUUGUCAAUGUCCAGACCAGUAGCCGAGCAUCUGAAGGUGGCAAGGUCACUUUGAGUACAGAGAAAGGGGAGACUUUCUUGUUCGAUGAAGUGGUAAUGACGACGCCGCUCGGUUUCCUCAAGCGAAAUAAAGGGGCUUUCGAACCUGUGUUGCCACAAAGGCUACUUGAUGGAAUAGAUGCUAUUUCCGUCGGACAUCUUGAGAAGGUCUACAUCACGUUUCCCACCGCAUUCUGGGUCGACGCACCAUCCACUCCCUUAGCCCCCAACCUCUCACCUCAAGAACGAGCGAAAGCAGAAGACACCUUCCCAGGCUACACGAAUUGGCUAUCGCCGUCAUACUCAGAUGCCACCAACCCCUCCCGAUGGCCAGCAGAAUGCUGGAAUCUCGCAUCAUUCACGCCCCCAAACCGUCACCCAACCCUAAUAUUCUACCUCUACGGUGAAAGCUCUGCCUACCUCACUACUCUUGUUCACCGAAAGUCCACAGAAGACCACCAUAACCUUCUCAACUCAUUCUUCAAACCCUACUAUUCCCUUCUAUCAAACUACGAUGCCACGAGUCCCGAUUGUGAACCGAAAGCCAUUUUAUCAACGGAAUGGCAGAAAGAUGAAUUGUCGGGGUUUGGCAGUUAUUGCAAUUUCCAAGUCGGGGUGAAGGAUGCGGCCGAAAAUGUCAAGGCAAUGAGGUUUGGGGUUCCGGAGCAGAGGUUGUGGUUUGCGGGCGAGCAUACCGCGCCGUUUGAGGAAUUGGGGACUGUUGCCGGGGCUUAUCUCUCUGGGGAAGGUGUUGCUUUGAGGAUUUUAGAUGGGUAUGGAGUGAAUGGUAGUAUCAAUUGA